CCAGAUCCCAACCCAGAUCCCAACCCAGAUCCCAACCCAGUUCCCAACCCAGACCCCUACCCAGACCCAAAACGACCAAGCAGGCGAAGCCAUCACCAGGCAGUAGAUCCCAACCCAGAUCCCAACCCAGACCCCUACCCAGACCCAAAAUGACCAAGCAGGCGAAGCCAUCACCAGGCAGUAAAUCUGGAGCAAGUAAGGCUAAGAGAAAAAGAAAACCUUGGACAUCUGGAGUGUCAUCCCUGUUUUCUCCUAAAGAGCCGGAGAUCAAACUCCGAUAUGCAAACCACAAAGAAGAGAAGACUCACGCCAGGCUGGACGGCUUUGCCCCUUACAUCCGUAUGAAGUACUCCUCCUGCUCAAUCGUUAAUUUUAGGGAAGAGGAUGAUAAUUCGACAAAGAAAGGGUCCCAGCAGACGGUCUCGGGAGUCAUCCCGAAAUCCUCCUGUCUGCAGCUGGGUCGGGUCAGCUCCGAGGCCAGCCUCCAGGUCCGGCGCUUCUGCUGCCUGUGUGGACGGGCCGGGAAUGUCGAAGGCCUCGGGGACCUGCAUGGGCCGUACUACUCCAGGGGAGCUCAGCCAGUCUGUAAGGUCGACCGCAGUCCCGAAGCACAGAAGCAGGACGCCGACUGCAGUGAUCCCGAGUCCGUCUGCAGUUUAGAGGAUGGGGCGUCCCGGGCGGUCCCACGGCAGAGGAAGGAGAACUGCUCAGGGAACGUGGAGGAGUCCGGGGUCUGUGCUGAGCUCUGGAUACAUGAGGACUGCAGCAUUUGGACGGCAGGCAUCUUUUUGGUUAAAGGGAAACUCUACGGAUUGGAGGAGGCCAUCCGACUUGCACAAGGAACAGUGUGUUCGCACUGUCACAUGGUUGGUGCCACUCUGGGAUGUUUCUUCAAAGAUUGCCCCAAUAAGUACCACUUCCCCUGUGCCCUGCAGUCAGACAGUGCGCUCAACGAGGAGAACUUCACCAUGAGAUGCCCGAAGCACAAGAAUAAAGCAUCCAGAUUGAGCGUCAGCAGGCUGAAGAACAGAUGACAUCUGUUCAAGGUAGACUUCAGCAGGUCAUCUUGCCUGAAGUGUUUACAGAUUGUUCCAGUUGAUUUCGUACUUCACGUGUUUGAGUGUUUACAUGUACUCUCAGGCGUCUGAAGGCACAGGAUGAGCUGAACGAGGGGUACCCUGGACGACGCUGGAUAAUUCUCACUGCAUUCCUCUGCUCUUCAAUAUAUAUUCAACAUCUGCACAUCUCACGACACAAAGAAUCUCCAUUUCACUGAAGGCCAAAUAUCUCAUUCCGCUUCAAAGCCCUUUGAAAGUUAAUAAUGAGAGCCUUGUUUCAUUUGAAGUUAAAGUACAUAUGCACUGAGCAGAAGUGCUCGUUUUUUUGUUUAGUUCGUCAUUCUUAUAUGAACUCCAGCAUCUCUUUGUUCAUUAAUGCAACAUGAACUGACCAUUCUUUCACAGUGACGUCUUUAUCAAGUAAAACUGAAAUGCUGAGUCUCCCGUAUGCAUUAGUAUGUGAACAUAUUUAUUUCUAUUUAUGUUUAAUGCAUAUGUGUGUAUUUAUUUGCCAAUGAACAGAGUGUGUUUUAGCACCUUGUGUGAAUGCAGUUGAGGAACAUUAUGAUUUGAUGUUGGUUACAGCUACAGGGUGCUUUAAACAUGAAUCUGAUUUGAGUUUUGAAUCUUGUGGCCUGGGGAUCGAGGACGGAGUGUGUAGGAUUUUCCAUUUCACCCGAUGCCUUGUGAUGUCUCGAGCUGUUUCAAUAAAUGUUUUUAUGUUCUACAUUCCUAA